UAUCAGGGAGAGAGAGAGAGAGUAAAGAGUCCAAAAUCAUCAAAGAGAUAAAAGGCAUUUAGAUAUUUUCUUAUCAAUUCAAUUUCAAGAGCUUGAAGAUGAGUACAGCCACCUUCGUCGAGAUCCUUCUGGCUAUCCUCUUGCCUCCUCUCGGCGUCUUUCUCAAAUUUGGUUGCAAGGUUGAGUUUUGGAUUUGUUUGAUUUUGACGCUGUUUGGUUAUCUUCCCGGGAUCCUCUACGCUCUUUACAUCAUCACCAAGUAGAGAGGUUUCAUCUCUCCCCUCUGUUUCCUAGGAGGAACAGCUGUUUCGUCGUGUUCUCUCUCGUUGGGACUGAUUCUUCAAUUAUUUUAUGUUAUGAGUAAAUUAUUAAGUAUUGUUGUUGUAUUUGCAUUAUUGUAUAAUUUCUACUGAUAUAUGAAGAAGAAAUCGUUGGUUUAUGUGAGGAACUUGAUUACUACGUUUUA